CUCAUGCACAUUAUAAAUUUCCUCGAAAACUAGUAUAGACUUGGAUGCCUUGAAGUUGAUAACAAAUAUAAAAAUACCCAAAAGAGAGAGUAUAAAUUCGUGAACAAAUAGAAAUGCUGUGACUACGUAGACAAUGGCAUCAAAGGUUAUAGUUGCCUUCUGUAUAAUAAGUAUCUCCAAUAAGAUAUACGCUUCUGAUCACCUGGAGACAAAACCAAAAAGCGAAACUUGGCUACAGGAGCUCAAUGGUUCUUCUCCAAAUUGGGAGAGAGAUUGGCAAGGAUGGAAGAACUCUCCAAACUGGAUAAGGCACAAAAGAGCUGAUGUGCCAACCACUCCUCAAUUUGCUAAUCCUCUAGUUGAAGCCUGGUUGAAGGAAAUACAGGCGUCGCCUGAUGGGAUGAAGGACUACGAAGCGUGGAAGAAUUCACCUAGUUUUGUAAGACACAAACGGGAUGACUUGUCAACUCCUCAGUUUACUAACCCCGCAGUUGACGCUUGGCUUAAAGAAAUACAAUUAUCACCAAAUUGGGAAAAAGAUUUGGAAGGUUUUAAGAAUUCCCCGAACUGGAUCAGAUAUAAGAGAUCUGAAGAAUCUUCUGCACCUAAACUUUCGCAGCCUGAUGUAGAAGUAUGGUAAAAGAAGAUAAUGCCAUCUUCCUAUUAUGUCAAAUAAGAAGACAUGGUUACACAAAAGCACCAGACUGGAUAAGGAAUCGACGACAAUAAAAGAUACUUUAUUGUACAAGGAGUACCAAUUUAUUUACCUAUACAUAUUGAGCGCACUGUUUUUUUUAAUCAAUAUUUAUAUAUUUUCUCAAUUUAAAAUCUAUUGCAUAUAACUUUAAAAUAUUGUAUUUUUUAAUUUUUUAUAAAAUAUGCAUUACCAAAGUAUUGGUUACUGUUUGAUUCAUUAACAUUUGGGUUUCAUUGUGCGUUUUCUACAAUAUUUUAUACUAACUAAAUAUUUUAUACAUUAAUGUAGCCGCAUAACGUAUUCUCAUGGUCUAUCACCUUAAAUAUAAUUUUCACUGUCGUACUAACCAAAUUUCUUAAACUUCUUAAAACUAUACAGUAUUUAAUGAAUGAAAUAAAAACGGUUAUUGUUCAACUUCUUUUUCUUGCCUAUCUCCAGUAACAAAAAGAUCUUCAGAGCAAUGAAUACUGGCGUAAUCAACCACAUCGUUUCCAAAAUUUGUUGAAUCUUUUUCUACUUAAUGUGGUUUUACCCUAUCCUCUUGCACCUUGACCUUAUCUUCUUGAAAUUCAAUUUCAUGCUUCUUUGUUGUCAAUUUGAAGUAAGAAGUAAAAAUUGGCCAAGUAUGUAGCGCAUUCGCUGUUGUUAAAAUUGAUUUUUUUUCUUUUUGCUAACGAGUAUUUAAAACAGGCGUCUCAACCAUGUGUAAUAU